AUGGAAAAAAGAGUAAAGGUGCAAAACCCAGUAUUUCCGUCACCACGUUCACCAAUUCCACCAGUUACAGUUCCUUCUUCAGUUUCGAAGGCUGACAUUGUAGUUGGAACUUUGGUUCUGAAGGAUGGCUCAAGUUAUCAGGGCUUUUCUUUUGGAGCAGAAAGCAAAUCGGUGUCAGGAGAAUGUGUAUUCCAAACUGGCAUGGUUGGUUAUCCCGAGUCUCUUACCGAUCCAUCAUACCAAGGACAAAUUCUUGUUUUAACUUUUCCACUCGUGGGCAAUUAUGGUGUUCCUUCACGCGAUGACAUGGAACCUCUUCUCAAAGAUAUUCCAAAAUAUUUUGAAUCUUGCGAGAUACAUAUUUCGGGUCUAGUAGUUGGACAAUAUUCUCGAGAAUAUUCUCAUUAUCUGGCACAAUCUUCGUUAUCGGAUUGGUUAAAAGAACAUGAUAUCCCAGCUAUUUAUGGAAUUGAUACUCGUGCUCUCACAAAAAAGAUUCGUACUCAGGGUGUAUUUUUGGGUAAGAUUCUAUUUCCAAAGAGUGUGGUUGGUAACGCCGCCUUGGGUAUUUCGACAUCGAAUGAUCUGUCAAUUGAUGGAUUGCUCCAUCCGGAACCGUGGAUGGCUGAUUAUCAGGAUGUUCCAUGGGUCGAUCCAAAUGAAAGAAAUCUCGUGGCAGAAGUUUCUGUCAAAGAACCCAAACUAUAUGUUCCCGAUCCGUUGGAAUCUAUCACGGAUGCAAAAGGUAUGACAUUACGCAUAGUGGCUAUCGAUGUUGGUAUGAAAUAUAACCAAAUUCGUUGCUUUGUUAAUCGUGGAGUUGAGUUUAAGGUGGUCCCCUGGGAUUAUGAUUUUAAUAAUGAGAAGGAUUAUCAUGGAUUAUUUAUUAGGCAAGCUAAUGGUCCUGGUGACCCGACAAUGGUAAAACAAACCGUUGAACGUCUUAAGGUGGCAUUGAAGGAUGUCAAAACUCCAAUUUUUGGUAUUUGUAUGGGCCAUCAAUUACUUAGUCUUGCUGCUGGCGCCAGAACAAGGAAGAUGAAGUAUGGUAAUAGAGGUCAAAAUAUUCCUUGUACGGAUAUGAUUUCUGGUCGUUGUUACAUUACUUCUCAAAAUCAUGGUUAUGCUGUUGAUGCAAGUACACUUCCUCCUAACUUUCAAGAAUUAUUCGUUAAUGCAAAUGAUGGUUCAAAUGAAGGAAUUAUACAUGUAUCACUUCCAAUUUUUUCUGUUCAAUUUCAUCCUGAAUCUACGCCUGGUCCAAGGGACACUGAAUUUUUGUUUGAUGUAUUUAUUGAAAGUGUAAAGCAGUUUGGUAUGACAGGAAACUUGAUGCCAAUACAAAUGCCUGGUGGUUUGAGGAGUGAUAAUUCAAAAAAAAAUCCACGAGUUAAUGUUAGAAAAGUCUUAGUUUUGGGUAGUGGAGGAUUGAGCAUUGGUCAAGCCGGUGAAUUUGAUUAUUCAGGAAGUCAAGCUAUUAAAGCUUUGAAAGAAGAAGGAAUAUAUACAAUUCUAAUUAAUCCAAAUAUUGCCACUAUACAAACCUCACAUUCCCUUGCAGAUAAAGUUUAUUUCCUCCCCGUAAAUCCUGAUUAUGUUCUUAAAGUUAUUAAACAUGAAAAACCUGAUGGUAUUUAUGUAACAUUUGGUGGUCAAACCGCUUUAAAUGUCGGUAUCAAACUUAAAGAUAAAUUUGAAGAGUUGGGAGUUAAAGUAUUAGGCACGCCAAUAGAAACAAUAAUUACCACAGAAGAUCGUGAAUUAUUCGCUCAAAAAAUGUUAGAGAUAAAAGAGAGAUGUGCAAAGUCUGCUUCUGCUACAAAUGUUCAAGAAGCUUUAGAUGCUGCGCAAAAGAUCGGUUAUCCAGUUAUAUGUCGUGCCGCUUAUGCACUUGGUGGUUUAAGUUCUGGAUUUGCCGAGAAUGAAACACAAUUAGUCGAGCUCUGUACCAAGGCUUUUGCAACUAGCCCUCAAGUGCUGGUCGAACUAUCUAUGAAAGGUUGGAAGGAAAUCGAAUAUGAAGUCGUUAGAGAUUGUCGAGACAAUUGCAUAACUGUUUGUAAUAUGGAGAACUUUGAUCCUCUUGGAAUACAUACUGGGGAUUCUAUUGUAGUUGCACCAUCUCAAACUCUCUCUGAUGAUGAUUACAACAUGCUACGAACAACAGCAAUUAAUGUCAUUCGUCAUCUUGGAGUUAUAGGAGAAUGUAAUAUUCAAUAUGCUCUCAAUCCCUUUUCCAAAGAAUAUUGUAUUAUAGAAGUGAAUGCGCGUUUAUCUCGUUCGUCCGCACUCGCAUCCAAGGCUACUGGUUAUCCAUUAGCUUUUGUUGCUGCAAAACUUGGGUUAGGAAUACCAUUAAACGAAAUUAAUAAUAUGGUGACUAAAGUGACAUGUGCAUGUUUCGAGCCUAGUCUUGAUUAUGUAGUCGUUAAGAUUCCACGAUGGGAUCUUAAAAAAUUCUCACGUGUAAAUAAAUCUUUGAGUUCAUCAAUGAAAUCUGUCGGUGAAGUCAUGAGCAUUGGUCGUACUUUUGAAGAGACCAUUCAGAAAGCCAUCAGGGCUAUUGACUACGGGUUUUCAGGAUUUGGUCAGAAUGAUCUUGUCGAUUCUAUCAAAGAGGAAUUAAUCAACCCAUCUGACCAACGGCUUUUUGCCAUUGCUAAUGCAAUGCAUCAAGGCUACACUGUUGAUCAAAUAUGGGAGCUCACAAAAAUAGACAAAUGGUUUUUACACAAGCUAAGAAACAUAAUUGAAUUAGAAAAGCAGCUUAAAAAAUAUAAUUAUUCAACAAUUAAACCUGAUCUUGUCCUAAUGGCCAAGCAGUUAGGUUUUUCCGAUCGCCAUAUAGCAAAAAUUAUCAGCAGUAGUGAGUUGUCAAUACGGAGGAUGAGACAUGAACAUGGCAUAAUACCUUUUGUGAAGCAAAUUGAUACUGUUGCUGCCGAAUUUCCCGCACAAACGAACUAUUUAUAUGUAACUUAUAAUGCGGUGGAGCAUGAUAUUAAUUUUGACGAAAAAGGUGUUAUGGUGCUAGGAUCCGGUGUUUAUCGUAUCGGCAGUUCGGUUGAGUUUGAUUGGUGUGCUGUCCGCGCGAUUCGUACACUUCGUGAUCGUGGAAUUAAGACAGUAAUGGUUAAUUAUAAUCCAGAAACAGUCAGUACAGAUUAUGAUGAAGCUGACCGUUUGUAUUUUGAAAAUAUCACUUUAGAACGUGUAUUAGACAUUUAUGAAAUUGAAAGCUCUUGUGGUGUAAUAAUUUCUAUGGGAGGUCAAACUCCAAACAAUAUAGCUUUACCAUUGUUUCGUCAAAAUGUUAAAAUACUUGGUACUUCUCCGGAAAUGAUUGAUACUGCUGAAAAUCGAUAUAAAUUUUCUCGUAUGUUGGAUCAGAUUGGAGUAGACCAACCGAGAUGGAAAGAGUUAACGGGUCAUGAAGAAGCACAUGAAUUCUGUAAGCAAGUCCAAUUUCCAGUCUUGGUACGGCCAUCAUAUGUACUAUCAGGUGCUGCAAUGAAUGUAGUGUAUUCCUCGGAUGAUCUUUCCAAUUAUCUUAGUCAGGCUACGGCAGUUUCUCGAGAACAUCCAGUUGUAAUUUCAAAAUAUAUUGAAGAAGCUAAGGAAAUUGAAAUGGAUGCUGUGGCUCUUGAUGGUAAGCUAAUAAUGCACGUAAUAUCAGAACAUGUUGAAAAUGCGGGCGUACAUUCGGGUGAUGCAACUCUCGUCUUGCCGCCACAGGACCUUGAUCCUGCUACUGUAAGAAAAAUCGAACUCGCUACUCAACAGAUCGCAAAUGCAUUAAAUGUGACUGGCCCUUUUAAUAUUCAGUUCAUUGCUAAAAACAAUGAUAUCAAGGUUAUAGAAUGUAAUGUUCGUGCAUCAAGGUCUUUUCCAUUUGUGUCCAAAGUUAUGGAAGUUGAUUUAAUCGAGAUGGCUACAUUGGCUAUGCUGGGAGUUCAUAUUGAUCCGUACCCACCAAUAAAUUUACCAAAGAAUUAUGUAGCGGUUAAAGUACCACAAUUCAGUUUUAGUCGUUUAUCUGGUGCUGAUCCUAUAUUGGGUGUAGAAAUGGCAUCUACUGGUGAAGUUGCAUGUUUCGGGCGAGAUAAAUAUGAGGCAUAUCUUAAGGCGUUGAUAUCAACAGGAAUUACUAUCAUCAUGCCUCGAAAAAACAUUUUGCUUUCUAUCGGUUCUUUCAAGGAAAAGAAUGAAAUGUUACCGUCAGUAAGAAAACUUCAUGAGAUGGGAUACAAUUUAUUUGCCACAUCUGGAACUGCCGAUUAUAUUCAAGAACAUGGACUUCCCGUGAAAUAUUUAGUAUCAUUGGAAGAAUCUGAGCAUCAGCUCAAAUCCGAAUAUUCACUUCAGCAACAUUUAGCUAAUAAUUUAAUCGAUUUAUAUAUCAAUUUACCGUCAAAAAAUCGAUAUCGUCGGCCAGCUAGUUAUAUGAGUAGAGGUUAUCGUACACGUAGGAUGGCUGUAGACUAUGAUAUCCCUUUAAUAACGAAUGUCAAAUGUGCAAAAUUAUUUAUAGAAGCGCUUUCCCGCAGAAACGAUUUUGAAAUUUUAAAUAUUGACUAUAAGACGUCCCAUAAAAGGGUGUCAUUACCAGGUCUUAUUAAUGUCUCAGCAUUCGUACCUCAUGUCGCAGAAUCUGAUAAUGAUGAUUUUGCACAAAUUACUAAAGCGUCACUUGCAGCUGGAUUUACCACCAUAAAUAUAUUGCCACUAGGAUUCAAUGAGUCUUUGAGAAAUGCUACAACAAUUGAAGUCGCACACAAUAACAGUCGUAAUAAUGCGCAUUGUGAUUUUUCAUUGUCAGUUGUUGUUACAGAGAACAAUGCCCAGGAAUUGAUGGCUGUAGUUCCAGAUGGCGCAUCGUCCUUUAUUACAUUCAAAAACAUUCAAGCCGAUAUGAUACCUAAAAUGGCCACCGUUUCUAAACAUUUAGGCAUUUGGCCUCCACAUUCACCUAUAGUCACUGAUGCUAAGGGAACGGAUUUGGCAUCUGUUUUAUUAUUGGCAAGUUUACAUAAUCGUGCGGUGCAUGUAACCGACGUAAGUACUAAGGAAGAUAUUGUUUUAAUCGCUUUAAGCAAAGAAAAAGGUCUAAAGGUUACAUGCGAUGUUUCGGUAUAUGCCUUAUGUUUGAACUCUAAUGAUAUAAAUGGUAGUACAAGUAUCUUACCUAGCUUGUCUGAUCAAGCGGCUUUAUGGGAAUAUUUGGAAAGUAUCGAUUGUUUUAGUGUUGGAACUCUACCAUAUCGACUAUCACAAUCAUCUGGAUUUGAUGUUUCAGCAAGUACUGGUAUAGAAGAAACCUUACCUUUGUUGUUAAAUGCUGUUAACGAUGGAAAAUUGACAUUAGAUGAUAUUACAACACGUCUUUACACUAAUCCUCAAAGCAUUUUCAAUAUACCGGAGCAACCAGAUACCUAUGUAGAAGUAGAAAUUGAUCGAAAGGUAAUAAUGGCUCAAAAAGAGGGUGGUUGGUCGCCAUUUAUUGGCAAGACAUUAUCGGGUGUAGUAAGUCGUGUAGUUUUAAAAAGAGACACCGUUUAUCUUGAUGGUGGAUCAUACUCUACUGGUACCUGUGGCAAUGACAUUUCAAGUUUGAUUCAUGUUAUUGCGAAAACUCCAGCUAUUAAAGAAUCGUUCGGAAGUAAAGAAUCAUUGCAAGCUCAACAGCAGCCACAGCAGCAGUCAUCACAGCCUGUGGCUAGUCAUGUUUCGGAUAUUUUGUCACCUACACUUACACCGAGAGAGUUCGGUCUUAAAUCAAUGACUUCAGAUUUGUUUUCUCUUGAUUUACCACACGCGGUUUUACCGACAAAUAUUACAUCAAAUAUAAAUCAAACACGUUUCUUCCGACAACAUAUUCUCACUGCUAAAGAUUUUUCACGUAACGAUCUUCACUUAUUAUUUGGUGUGGCACACGAAAUGCGUACUCUAGUUGAACGUUAUGGAUCAGUAAAUUUACUUCAGGGUCGCGUGAUGUUUACACUUUUUUAUGAACCAUCUACAAGGACAUCUGCUUCUUUUGAAGCGGCAAUGAAUAGACUUGGUGGUCGAGUGGUUGCUAUCAAGGCAGAUUCAUCUUCAGUCGCAAAGGGCGAAUCAUUAGCAGAUACUAUACGGACGGUAGGAUCAUAUGGAGACGUUAUUAUUUUGAGACACCCGGAGCCUGGCAGCACUAAAACUGCUGCAAAAUAUUCGCCUGUUCCGAUCAUAAAUGCAGGAGAUGGUAUUGGGGAACAUCCUACUCAGGCUUUCCUCGAUGUGUACACUAUUCGUGAAGAACUUGGAACUGUUAAUGGGUUAACUAUUACAAUAGUUGGUGACUUAAAAAAUGGUAGAACGGUCCAUAGUCUAGUUAGAGUAUUAUCUCAAUACCAAGUUACCCUUAAUUAUGUUAGUCCUGCGUCAUUACGCAUUCCUGAUGAAAUCAAAACGGAAGUUCGCAAAACUAGAGGGAUAAGGCAAAAAGAAUAUACAGACUUGGAAAGUGUAAUUUCAGAGACUGACGUAUUAUAUGUAACACGAAUUCAACGUGAACGAUUUACAGAUCCGGUCGAGUAUGAACGGGUUAAGGAUUCCUUUAUAAUAAAUAAUGCUACAUUGAGUCGUUCCAAACCAAACAUGAUUGUAAUGCAUCCACUUCCACGAAUGAAUGAAAUUGACCCAGAAGUAGAUUUUGACGAUCGUGCUGUUUACUUCCGACAGAUGAAGUAUGGGAUGUUUGUAAGGAUGGCAUUAUUAGCUAUGUUGGUCACCUUUAAGAAAAAAAAUGAACGUGAUCCGAGUAACAUUGCGUUUUUUAGUUAUCCCGCUCGUAAGCGGCGGUUAUCAGAUAAUCGUGGCUCGCGAGAGACACGUGACGAAGAUCUUCAAUCCAUACAAGUGCAUCGAAUUUUACAUUACUACGAGGACGAUUCUAAAAAAAAAAUGACAGCACCAUUGUUUUCUUCAACCAAUCCAACUAAAUGUAAUUGUAAAUAUGUUCCAGGCGUGGACCAUAUUAAUAAGGCAUGUGGCAUCAGCUCUAAUUGCGUCAACAGGACUAGAUUUAUUGAAUGUACACCAGAGCUUUGCUCAUAUGGCUCUUACUGUCAAAACCGAUGCAUUCAAAAUCAUAUGAAUGCCUUAUUUGACAUUAUCAGAGCACCUAACAAAUAUUUUGGAUUGAAGUCAUUAAAGUUGAUAGAAAAAGGAUCUUUUAUUGUAGAACCAAUUGAAACUCCCGUAGAAAUAAAUAAUUUAGAAUUCCACAUGGAUAAAUACAUGAGUGAAGGAUUGUGGAGGACCUAUUUUCCACCGUCUGAUACAAGCGAGAUAAACAAUGCGGCAAAAAAAGGAAGACUUUCUCGCUUCAUUGCGCAUUCCCGUGAUCCCAAUUGUCAUAAACAAGAAUGGCUAGUAGGAAAUCAAACUAGGACUGGUAUAUUUGCUAGUCGUGAUAUUUCAGAUGGUGAUGAAUUAACAAUUGAUUAUACCGAACCAUCAAUAGGGUAUGGAAUUCCAUGUAAAAUUAAAGAGCAAAAUGGUGCAAAUAUGGCCCCCGAGGAAGUUCAUCCACUUGAAGAUAAUCAAGGAAUCUUUAAUUACAUUGGACGUAUGUUACAAGCUGUCUACAGGCCAGAUUUGGCAACUCAAGUGCUCCGUAGUUUAGAAAUAACUACAGAUGAAAAUAUUUUGAGAAAAUUUUUAAAACUCGAUGGAUUAAAGAUAUUGAGUUUGUGGUUUAAUGAGCAUACUGAGCCUAAACUUAUAGAACGGAUAAUUUCGGUUUUGGAAACAUUGCCAUUACAAUGCAAUGAUCUUGAUAUCAUGACUGAGGUCAAGGGAAGUCUCCAAAUGAUAAAUAUAAAUGAUGAUGCACUUCAUGAUCGUAUUACAAAGGAUAACAUUUUGGAUAGGGACAAAGGACACUCAUCGAAAAAGAGUGAUAAAAUGAAAACAAUGGAAAUAUGUUCUGAAAAGAAACCAAAAACACCUGAUUCUAGUAGUGCACUUGGAUCCGCACCUAUAUUAUCUGCGAGUACAUCUUCCUUACAACCAAGCAACGAAGAGCCUGGUUCUUCACAUAUUGCUAGUGCUAAAGUAAUAGUUAAUGAUGUCGAAUCAGUUACUGACAUAUUGAUACAGCCAUCAUCUUCAGUUACUGCUUCUGACGAAGGUUCGUCCACUCACACAUUUGAUAAAGAUAAAUUCCGUGGUGAGUUUGCAGCUGCAGUAGUUGAAUACUCUGAACGAUUCAAAAGUCAAAUUGAGGAACGCACUUUAAACAAACAUGUAAAUAAGUGCAUUGAACUCUGCUUUGGCAAAGAAAUGCGCUUAGCAGAAGUGGGAAUAGUUACAUCAAGUGUUCGUAAUCGAAUCGCAAAGUUUUUGGAUGAAUAUAUGAAAAAAUUGAUCAUUUCGAUUAAGGGAUAG